UGCAGAGGCGCGCGAGAUCUUGGCGCAAGGUGUACCCCUCCGCUCCAUUCCAGCGCCGGUGCCGCAACUCAAGGUCUGCUCGGCCGUGUGGGAUGUGCAGAGAAACGAGUACUGGAUUGUGACGAAAAACGGUCGCGAUCGCACGCUGUGGAACGAAAUGCGCCAUCUGAAACUACAGGUGCCCGUGCAUUCGCGAAUCGAAUCGGAUGCGGAUGAAGUGGCAUUGAGCUACCACGGCGAUGGAAUUCAGGAGCGAGCAAUUCAAGGUCUGGAGGAGCUGAUUGCCGCUCCUCCAGAACCCGUACUCAAUCGUGUCUUGUACUACCUUGAUACUUUCAACCGUGACGUGGCGCUCAAUGACAUUGCACGCGACGGAGCCGGCAUGGAGUACCAGGUCAACCUGUGGGAUGCGUUCACCUACCGCUGGCUGUUGCGUUUUUCGACUCUGUUUCCAGGUGCACUUCGCCCUAUACCUCAUCGUCUCAAUUGUUUUAUAGUCCCUAAUGGCCCGCUUCUGUGGUUUCUGUUUGGUCGCAUCCAGACACUUGUCAAGAAUCGACGCAACGAACAACGUACCAAUGCGGCGUUCGGACACGCUGCAGCUGCAGCCAAUGGCGAUGGUGGCCAGUGGAACUAUACUGCAUGGCGAUCGCCUUUUGCUCCGUGGUUGCAUCAACAGGAGGCCGUGCGAGACAUGGAAGUUCGACGCGAAAAGGGUCGUCGCAAUCAUUACUUGCACGCUCCUAUGGGCGCCGGAAAGACGCUCAUCGUCUCGCUCUACAUCUUGCAUCUCGCACAACGUGGUUUACUGCCGCGUCAUAUCGUGUGGACCCUACCUGGCGAGGCAAUCGAGAGUGUAUCGGGAGAGCUCAAUGCAUUUGGCUUUCAAGUGGAUUGGAUGCUGCCGCAGAAGGACAGUUCGAAAAAGGUCAUUCCGGAAGGCGUCACGAAGCAGGCGAACGUACAAGGACUUAGGCCGCACGUCAUUACGUUGAUCGAGCACGAUGAUUUGCGCAAGCUUCCGGAUCUAUUACGAUCGCUGGCCGACGAACUGUUUAUCGUCGUGGAUGAGGUGCACAAAACUCUAGCGGCCACGCAGCGUACUACGAUAACAUUGGAGAUUGCCCGCUUGGCACGUGGAGGUUGUGUGGCGAUGACUGGUACGCCCACGGUCGACAACAAGAUUUACAAGCUCGUGCCGUGGCUCAGUUUGAUGGUGCGCUUUCCCGUCAAUCUGAGAAACUUUUGGGCUGCCUGCAAUAGCAUGGUGUCGCAACAGGUGGAUACGGGCAUUCGGGUGCAUAUGCAGGAGGUGGAAGCGCAGUGGACUUCUCGUGAAGAAGAACAGCGUUAUCGUUCGCUGGUACCUGACAAGUUGGGAGGCACGAAUUCCCAUGCGUCGCAAAAGGAUAUCGAUCAAGCCAAGAAACUGUGUUACAACGCAUGUACCCAACACAUGGUGCAACUGACGCUCGACUUGCUUCACGACAAGUUGCAUUACGGGAAAGUCGAACAGUGGAAAGGCGGCGUGUUUUUGGAGGCCAAAGAUGAACAGCAUCAAAACGAGCUGAUCGCUGCGCUUGUGCGUGAAAGUCGCAAGCGAGAUGAUGUUCGCGUACUCACCGAGGGCGACAUUUUCAAGAUUACCGGUGGCGCAAGUUUGCAUCUGACGGACAAGACUGUGGCACUGGGCGAAGUGAAAGACUACCCCAUUGUGAUUACCACGACUCGAAAAUCCGCGGGGUACACGCUGUCUCGUCUAAAGGCUUUUGUCUCGUUGGUAUAUCCUUCAAACCUUGCCACUCGUCUCCAACUUGCCGGGAGACUGAAUCGUCUGUCGCAGGCGGCCAAGGAGCUCGACUACUACAAGGUGCACAUCGGCCUACUCACGUCCAUCCUGCACUACCAUGACCAAGCCGCUUCAAUCGACAAAGCGCUUAAAGACAUGGGUGUGCGCAUCCCUACUUAAUGCCAUUUGUUUUGCAGUUUAAUGAAGACAUGGCAACUAGUUUUGUUUUUCUAGGCUAUUUCAACAUCGAGAUGGGUGCACACACAGAGGACACUUCUGUCGGAAUUGGUAACCUGCAUGCAAGGCCUAAGUGUAGCAAUGGAUGGGACCAUACAGUUGCUCAUAGCAUCAAUACAACAAAGAAAACUUGCCCUGAAGCACUUGAUUGCAUGUGUAAGUGCCAUGGCAAGGUCACCAAU